AUGGCUCGGAGAGAAGUGCCAGGAGCAUGGUCAGGUCGCAGAUGUAGGAUUGACUACAUGGAGAUCAAGGGGGCUGGGGGCUCAGGUCCAGGCUGGCGGGGAGCCUGCACCCUGGCUGUCAUCCUGCUGUACCUACACUCACUCCUGCUGCACACUGAGGUGUCUGGGACCACCACAGCGGGACCGCCACAGCCAGCCGCAGCUGGACCACCACUGCGCACCGAAGAGGUGUGUGGGCGGCCUGCCGUAACUGGGAGGAUCUUCGGUGGCCGGGACGCACCUGAGAAGCGGUGGCCAUGGCAGGUCAGCCUGCUCUACAAUGGUCAGCACAUCUGUGCAGCCGCCCUCAUCAGUGCCUACCGGGUGGCCUCAGCUGCCCACUGCUUCCAACUGUCCCAUGAUCCAUCUGCCUACAAAGUCCUGCUAGGGUACUAUCGGCUAAAAACGCCUACCUCCCACAGUCGGCAGGCAUCAGUGUACCGAGUCAUCAUCAACACUGACUUUAACAAGUGCUACUACAUGGGGAGUGACAUCACCCUGUUGCAGUUGUAUCGGCCCGUGGACUUUUCCGACUACAUCUGCCCCGUCUGCCUCCCGGGACCUAACACACAGUUGCCCCCUCAUACCUCCUGUUGGAUAACUGGCUGGGGGAUGGUCACCGAGGAACGGGUCCUGUCUGCUCCCUACACGCUGCAGGAGGGAGAGGUUGGUGUCAUCGACAGCCAGGUUUGUACAUCGUAUUUCCAGGGGCCAGAUCCCAACAACAAUACCUAUUCUAUACGUGAUGACAUGCUGUGUGCCGGGGACCUCAUGACAGGAAAGUCCAUCUGCCGAGGAGAUUCUGGGGGUCCCCUCGUCUGCCAGUUGAAUAAUACCUGGCUUCUGAUUGGGCUGUCCAGCUGGACUCUGCCCUGCCAGGAGCCCAUAAGCCCCAGCGUCUUUACCAAGGUCUCCUACUUCGCCCAGUGGAUCUCCGAGAAGCAGGCUGCUUCACCCAAUGCUGGUCCUUCUUCCCCUCCUCCUGAGAGCAGACCUCCUUCUGAGCCCAGCUUCACUUCUCUGGGCAGCGUCCACAAGCCCAGCAGCUUCCUGACCCUUGUGACUUCACAGACCUUCCUCCUGCUGCUGAGUUUCCUCUGGACACGGUGGCUGUGA